CCUGAACACAUACAAGCAUAGAAUUUUGCAUCAUUUCCCAGGCUAUGGCGAUCCCUACGCCCCUCCAAUCGACAAGUCCGUCAACGAUCAAGCCCGCUCUGAACGCGCUGCAGGGUGACCCAAGUCGUGCUUCCACUCUUCUCGCAAGCACCAUCCCCGAGGAUCAACCUGCAGGAAAUGACUUUGACAUAUACGAGACUUACCGACGCACACUCAUGGACGAAGAUAUAUCUGCGCCCUUGGCCGCUAUACUGUCGUUGAGCGAACUGGUCCUGCAAUCCGAUGCGGAUACGAUGUUCGAGCUGGUCAAAGCUCUCAACGACGGUGCCGAAGAGUUAAGAAAACGCAUUCCGAAUCCCAUCGGUCUUAAUGCUGGCUGUGAGCUGUUUAUCGCGUUUGUGACGUUGUUCCCACAUGAAUCUAAUAGUUUUUCCGCCUUGAAAACGGAACUCGUCAGUCAAGGGAAGAAAUACGUCGCCGAGGCGCUUACCUACCGCUCUAAGAUUGCAGAGCUCGCCCUAGGUUUUAUCAAAGACGACUCCGUGAUAUUGACACACUCAUACUCGCGGGUCGUGAUGCAAACCCUGCUGCAUGCACACAAACGCAAGCGGAUAUCGGUCUAUGUGACGGAGGCUCGACCACGUGGGCUAGGGAUCAAGACGUACGAAGCGCUAACGGCUGCAGGCAUUCCGUGCACGGUUGUGCUCGACUCGGCCGUGGCAUACGUCAUGGACAAGGUUGACUUCGUCCUUGUGGGUUCGGAGGCAGUCGUCGAGAGUGGAGGGUUGAUCAACGCCGUGGGCAGCAAUCAGAUGGCUAUCAUCGCGAGAGCCGAAAACAAACCAUUCUAUGCCCUUGCCGAAAGUUACAAAUUCCAUCGUCUCUUCCCUCUUUCUCAGUACGACCUACCCACGCACAAUCCAGGGACGCUCGCGUUCCCGCAAUCUGCCCAACGGCCAGGCGGCGAACUCGCUGCGAGGCCCUCACUCUUCGUGUCCAAGAAUUCGACGCCUUCGUCAUCGAUAGAGCGAUCGACCCUUCCAACCUCUCUGCUUCCCGCCGCGACUGUCGAGCGGACGAUGACUGCCGAUCAAAUAUCCAAGAAUCCUGACGUCGACUACACAAGGCCCGACUUGAUUUCUCUCGUCUUCUCCGACGUCGGCACGUUGACGCCAGAGGGUGUCAGUUCCUAUUUGGUCGGCAUGUUCGCAGGCUGACAGGUCGCGACGAGAUCUCGAGGCUCGGCUAUUACGCUUUGCCAACGAUUAAACUCAGGAGUGACACGGCGUACCCUGGACGGAUCGUCGUGUCGAUAGAGUUUGCGAUAGUGUUGAAACCACAGGUACUCUAAUCACAUUCGAUCUGUACAAUCUCGCGGCUCGCGAGACGGAGGGGGUCCCGCGUGCGGUGCCUUUACAGCCGGGGAAACAAAUUCCAAGUUUCCAG